CUCCGACUUCCCGGCUCCGGGUGCACCAGGCCCGCAGCCCGAGCUAGAGUUCGCAUCGAUCCCGAUCUCCUAGCGAUUGCUUCUGUCUGUUGUUUAGGUAUGGCGCGGGCGAGGAAACUGAGAGACGGCUGGAACCGGGAUCCGGACCAGAGUUUCGCUCGUUGCUGAGCGGCACCCAGGGCCUAGUGGGCUAUGGGGGAGCCUGCUUCCUUGGUCACUGAAGACCACGCCGGUGGCCGGAGCUGGUGCUUGAGGCGGGUGGGGAUGAACGCCGAGUGGCUGCUGCUGGAGGACGGACGCGAGGUGACUAUAGGCCGAGGAUUUGGUGUCACAUACCAACUGGUAUCAAAAAUUUGCCCUCUGAUGAUUUCUCGCAACCACUGUGUUUUGAAGCAGAAUCCUGAGGGUCAGUGGACAAUUAUGGACAACAAGAGUCUGAAUGGUGUUUGGUUGAACAGAGAGCGCCUGGAACCAUUAAAGCUUUAUUUCAUCCAUAAGGGAGACCACAUCCAGCUUGGGGUGCCUCUGGAAAAUAAGGAGAAUGCAGAGUAUGAAUAUGAAGUUACUGAAGAAGAAUGGGAGAAAAUUUAUCCCUAUCUGUCCCCAAAGAGUGACAGGAUGAAUGAAAAAAAUAAGGACUUGAGAACUAAAAGGAAAUUUAGUUUAGAUGAAUUGGAGGGUCUUGCAGCUGAAGGCCCCUCAAAUUUGAAAUCCAAAAUAAGUAAAGUGUCAUGUGAACCUGGUCAGCCACUGAAGUCACAUGGGAAAAGUGAACCCUCUGAAUAUUUGGAUCCUAAGUUGACUUCUCUUGAAGCACAUGAGAAGACCCCAGGGGCUAGUAUUUGCCCUGGCCCUCCCAAAGUCAUGGAGCUUCAUCAAAAGAAGCAGAAAGCCUCAAAUCCUUCAGCAUCUCAGAGCAGCUUAGAGCUGUUUAAGGUGACCAUGUCCAGGAUUCUGAAGCUGAAAACGCAGAUGCAGGAAAAACAAGUUGCUGUUCUGAAUGUGAAAAGGCAAACCCAAAAGGGGAGCUCAAAGAAAAUUAUGAAAAUGGAGCAGGAACUGCAGGACUUACAAUCCCAGCUGUAUGCGGAGCAGGCUCAGCAGCAGGCAAGAGUAGAGCAACUAGAAAAGACUUUCCAGGAAGAGGAGCAGCAUCUCCAGGGUUUGGAUAAAGACCAAGGAGAAGAAGAUCUCAAGCAACAGCUGGCCCAGGCUCUGCAGGAGCAUCGAACUCUAAUGGAAGAGUUAAAUCGCAGUAAGAAGGAUUUUGAAACAAUCAUCCAAGCUAAGAACAAAGAAUUGGAGCAGACCAAGGAAGAAAAAGAGAAGGUGCAAGCACAGAAGGAGGAAGUGCUUAGCCACAUGAAUGACGUGCUAGAGAAUGAGCUCCAGUGUAUUAUUUGUUCAGAAUACUUCGUCGAGGCGGUCACCUUGAACUGUGCCCACAGUUUCUGCUCCUACUGUAUCAAUGAAUGGAUGAAGCGGAAGAUAGAAUGCCCCAUUUGUCGGAAGGACAUUGAGUCCAAAACCCAUUCCCUGGUUCUGGACAAUUGCAUUAAUAAGAUGGUGGAUAAUCUGAGCUCAGAAGUGAAAGAACGACGAAUUGUCCUCAUUAGAGAACGAAAAGCAAAGAGAUUGUCCUGAAGACCAGCGUGAAGGACAUUUGAAAGACUCCAAGGCGAUGGGAACUGGGGAUGUUCUUGAGGAAUGUCUCUGGGUGUGACUCGGGCCACUCUGGAGGUCAUCAGAGAAGCCACAUGGGACAGAGACUGAGUUAGGAAGCCCUGCGUCACCCGCCUCCGUGAUGGCCAGCUCUGCUGCCAUCGUCGUCUGAAGCACUACCAGGACUCACAGCACCAAGUGCUUCAGGGUACUUAACAGACUGCUUCACUACAUGUUGGAUGGGUUAUUUAAGUUGUGUUUUUUGUUUUUGUUUUUUUAAUUUGUUGUUGUUGUUUUUGAUACCUCAGAAGCACUCAGUUGAUGUUCGUUUUGGACAGUUGGGUGUACCUCAUGCUGCCCCUAAAGGCAGCCUGUUUUUGACAGUCUAGUUUCUCUCUUCUUUGUGAAAACAAGAUGUCAUUUCUUGGAAAUAAAAUGUAAAACCUAUCGGUUGCUCAGCUGAGCUUUGGCGUAUUUACCUUCCUUCCCUUCCAGCUCCCAGAGAGUCUCACGAGUAAACACUGGCAGCUCAUAGAUCACAACCAAGAAAGUGACUGUAGCAGAUGAUAGACUUCAAGUGAAUCUCAGCCUGAGAAGCCAAGCCCGAGAUCCUGGCCACGCGAGGGGGCCUCUGUCGUGUUCUGUUUUUAUUUCAGAGUCUGGUCACUACUUAACUUGUUUUCAGGUUCCUUGCCUUCAGCUGGUGUUCUGAAGACAUUUCCAUGUCUGUUUUCCCAAUGUCAUGAACUCAGGGUCAGGGAUUUUUCUUUCUUUCUUUCUUUUUUUAAUUAAAAAAAGAGUCUCCUUUCUGCUUCCCCCAUUUUGUGUGUGGGGUUUUUGGUUUUGUUUUUGGUAGUUGGGAUUGAACCCGGGGAUGCUUUACCACUGAGCUACAUCCCCAGUUAUUUUUAUUUUUUUCUUUUGAAUCAGGGUCUCACUAACUUGCAAUCCUCCUGCCUCAGCCUUCUGAGUAGCUGGGAUUACAAUUGUAUACCAUCACACCUGGUUCACCUCCCCUUUUUAAACAGAAGAAAAAAAGAAUAAAAAAAAAAAACAUAGUUUUAAUGUUUGGGAGAGAGACGCUUAGGACAGAUUGUGGUGUCCUUGGUUACUUGUGAUGAGAAUGAAGGAAAAACACAGGAAGUUGAAGAGCAGUCAUUUGAAGGUAAGGGCCCUCUAGUAGAAUUGUGAAACUGCUUGUGUCGUCAAAUGGUUUGCUUCCCUCUCACUUUUUACUGUCUAAGAACCUUUCUAUUUUGUUUUUUAUACAACAUGUAUUUUCAUAAAAUGUUGAAAACAAUUGACUUGGCAACUUUUUAGGAAUGGUGGGAGUGCUUUAUUGAAUAUACCAUGAAAUUCUGA